AUGUUUCUUAUUUUUAAAAUCCGAUCGCUUCCUUUUUUUCUCACUCUCUCUCUCUCUCUUUCUCUCUCUCGUUCUAUAUCUCUCACACUCUCUAUAUUUAUCUCUCGACAUCACUCUCUCACCUCUUUCUCACUAUCUUUAUUUUGUCCUCUGUCAACAUUUCUUUCUUUGUUUUUCUCUUUUCCUUCCAUUCCUCUAUUUUCUUUCUUUCUUUUUUCUUUCUUUCUUUUUUCUUUUUCUGUUUUUCUUUUUUUUUCUUUCUUUCUUUCUUUCUUUCUUUCUUUUUUCUUUCUUUCUUUCUUUCUUUCUUUCUUUUUUUUUUUUUUCUUUCUUUCUUUCUUUCUUUUUUCUUUCUGUCUUUCUUUCUUUUUUCUGUUUUUCUUUUUUUCUUUUCUCUUUCUUUCUUUCUUUGAACAGCACUUAGAAUUAUUCAAUGUAUCUAUUCCAUCUUAA